AUGCUUAUGCGAAGCAAACUUAUCAUAAUGUCUGAUGAAAUUAUAAGUUUUGUUUUGUAUAUUUUUAUUUUACUAUUCCAAAUUCGUUCUACGUCUCCUAUUAUACAGUAUCCGUCAAUUGAACGUAUUGUCGAUCAAUUAUCAUAUAAUUCAACGUUACCAUCGUGCACAUUAUUGGCAUGUGAAAAAACAGAAACACAAGCUAAUUUUUCAACAGCACAUAUGACCGAUGCAUAUUUAUUGAAAUUAUCAUCCUAUGAUGAUAUUCAUCGACGAAAAGAUUCUCCUCGAUCAACAUUUCUCAUUGCUUCAACAGGUAUUUAUCGUGGCAAACGAAUAAAAUAUCGUAAUGAUCGAUAUAUUGACCAGUUUCUCGGUAUUUACUAUGCUGAAAUUCCACGAUCACUUGAAAAACCAAUAAAAAAGCGUUUCAAUUAUUCAAUAAAAUCUGCAACAAGAUAUAGUCCAUAUUGCAUGCAAUCCUUAUUUAUGACGGAAAAUUUAUCAUAUGGCUCAUUUGUAAUGCAAAACAAUUUUAAUGACGAUUGCCUUUCAUUGAAUAUUUACCGACCGGAUUUACGUUAUGGUGAAAAACGAAAGGCUAUCAUGUUAUUCUCGCAUGGAGGCUCCAAUCAAAUUGGUGGGGGCUCAUUGUUUGAUGGGAGUAUUCUAGCGAGUGAAGGCGAUAUUAUUGUUGUAACAAUGAAUUUUCGACUGAAUUAUCAUGGAUUUUUAUCGAGCGGAGACGACCGAAUCAAAGGUAAUUUUGGUCUUUGGGAUCAAUUAUUAGCUGUUGAGUGGAUUCAUGAAAAUGCUCGUCUCUUCGGCGGUGAUCCUCAUCGAAUUGUUUUAGCUGGCCAUUCAGCAGGCGCUGGGAAUGUUAUGUUAAUUCCAGCCAGUCCAUAUUGUCGUGGUAUGAUUAAACGUGUUAUAUCUCAGUCAGGAACUGGCCUAGCUCCUUGGAGUAUAAAUCAUCACCCGAUGAAAUUAAUCGAGCGUUUAUCACACGAAUUCAAUUGUCAACGAUUGAAUGAAACAGAAAGGUUUCAAUGUAUUCAUAGAUCGUUACAAGACAAUAAAGGAGAUUUUUACCGUCUUCAUCUGAGUCUUAGCAUUGCCGACGAUAAUCCAUAUCCAGUUAUCGAUAAUGACUUUUUAAACGAUACAAUUGAAAAUAUUCUGCAAAGUGAUGCAUAUCAAAAUAUUGACUUUCUAACGGGUGUUACAUUGAAUGAAGGUCUUUAUUUUGCUGAAUAUCAUAUUGGACAUUUUUAUAGUGAUUUAAAUAAUCAAUCGGCAUCGAUUGGCAAACAAACUCAAACAAAACAGAAACGCCACAUUCGAAAGGGCACAGCAGAAACCAUAAUUCCACCGGAUAUAAUUAAAACGCAAGACAUUCUUAAGGAUGAAAAUAUUGAUCAUGAUGAGGACGAAGAUGACGAUGAAGAUCUUAAAUCUAGUAGAAAAACGCAUGUUGAACAAGCAUUAAGCUACGAUCCACAUGUUGUUCUUGAACAAUUCUCAAAAUUAAACUAUGUUGAACGUUAUAUAAACGCAAAUUUUCAGUAUGCAACAUGCUAUAUUGAUGAAAUUAAAGAACGAUAUGAAUAUCCAGGAGAAAAUAAUAUAACAAUGCGAUUGAAACUUUAUAUUGAUCUUGUUUCUGAUUUAAUGUUCAACUUUCAUAUGGUUCAUUGUUUGAAUUUACGUGCACAAUUGCCAAAUCAAAAAUCAUCGAACUAUGCCUAUAUUUAUUCACAUAGGCCAACAUUUAAAGCGCGAAGUUUAUUUCGAGAUCAUUUGAAAACAUUGCCACAUGUUAUUGGACAUUUUGCUGAAUUAGAUUAUGUAUUUGGCGUUCCGUUGGCACGAGGUUACCGGCAAAUACACAAAAAUGUUAACAUGAGCUAUUAUAAUUAUUCAAAUGAUGAAGAAAAUUUUAGUCGACAAAUAAUUCGCUAUUGGGCGAAUUUUAUUAAAACCGGAAAUCCAAAUAACGAUUCAUUAUCAACAAUACAGUCGAACGUUCAAUGGAGACCUUAUACAAAAAAUGAACAUAAUUAUGUUGUUUUUCAAUUAAACAAUAUUCAUAACGAGCCGAAAUAUUUUGAUUCCAUGUAUUAUUUUUGGUUGAACUUUUAUCAAAAGGAAUUAAAUAAUGGAUGUUUUAAACAAUUAAUCGUAAACAAAAUGAAAAAACAUCUUAGACCGAUUUUAAUGGUUCUAUUUGGUCUAUUAUCAAUUUUAACUAUGUAUUGUAUUUGUAAAUGUUAUCAAAAACAAAAACCUAAUACUCAACAUUAA